AUGCGCGUCUCCGCUGCCCGUCGCGCGCUUCCAACGCACGCGGCGUCGCUGCGCGGCGAUCUGGAGCGCUUCAUUUAUCCCCUCGCCCGCCAGCAGCAGCAGCAGCAGCAGCAGCAGCAGAGAGGCAGCCGCCCACGCCCCCUGGCGGAGAUCCGUGAGCGGGGCCCUGCCGCGGGCCUCAGCGCCCGCACUGGCCGCACCCCCGGGCUUCGAAUGCCCAUCACGUACUUUUCGGACCACAUGAACGCCCUGCUAAACCGGCCGCUUGACUCCGACGUCGGUAUUGAUGCGACGGUGCCGCUGUACCGUUGCCCCAUCUGCUGCUGUGUGCGCGGAGCCACGGAGGAAGCAGGCGAUGGUGUUUUGCAGGUGCCGUGGAUGACGCCGCCGGAAAUGACGCGGCACAUGAGUUGGCUGCACGCCUCCACCGGGGCUGCGCAGUCCAGCUUUGCGGCCUUCAAUGCGCUAGAAAUGCGGCGCCUGUUCCAGGCGCUUCCGUCGUCUGCGAAUGACGUGAGUGGCGAGGAGGGGAAUCUCCCGCUACCGCGCGUGGUGGUGCUUCUUGAUGUGGCGAACCUUGAACUCGGCACGGAGGACGUCUUGGUCGGGCUGUUAAAGAACUGGGAGUGCGUUCAGUUUUUUAGUCGCGUCGCCUGUGCAUUUGUCUGCGUGCACGAGGUGUUUAUUUCACACACCUCGCGCCCGGGUCACAUCUUCUAUCACCUCUCACGGAUGCAUCCACACUCGGACCUCUACACCGUCUACGCCGCGACGCGAAAGGAGUCGGGGGACCUCGUCUCUGCCGCAGUGAUGGGCGAGUUGCUGCUGCAGAAUGUGCGGGGGUGCGGCCCGGCGGUGGUGCUGCUCACGAGGGACGUGGUGCAGAAGUCGUGUGUGGCGGAGAUGUUCAGCGGGGUUGCGGGCAAAGCUGGGCGCGUGUACGUGCCGCGCUUCACGACCGCCAGCAUUCUUCAGAGCCUGCGGGAGGCAAAUAAUGCCAGCAUGGGAUGA